UUUAGAUCCAAGGCUAAUUAUUAGCAUUACAGAUCACAACAAUUACUUUUUAUAGAUAUAGAUAGAUAGAGGAAUUUAGUAAGAAAGAUACACAAAAACAGAAGAUGGUAAUAUUAACUGAGGUGAUUGUGUCACUAAUUGUUGGCGGAUUGUUGUGGGCAUUGUUUGAUUUGUAUGCAUUUAAAGCCAAAAGAGUAAGAUCAAAGCUUGAGAAGCAAGGUAUCAAAGGCCCAUUUCCUUCUUCUUUUCUGCAGGGCAACAUCCCUGAGAUCAAGAAAAUACAUAUCCAGCAGCAUGCCAAAGCAAUGGCAGUUGAUGGUGGUGGUGUUAUCUCUCAUGAUUGGACUACCAAAGUUUUCCCUCAUUUACAUCAAUGGAGAACCCAAUAUGGAAACACAUUCAUGUAUUCUUCAGGGAACAUACACUUCCUAUGCAUAACUGAUCCGGAACUUGCGAAGGAAGUGGGCCUUUAUACCUCCUUAGAUCUCGGGAAACCUUCAUACCUCUCAAAGGACAGGGGUCCUUUGCUAGGUCAGGGAAUUUUAUCAUCUAGUGGUGCGUACUGGGCCAAACAAAGAAAGAUCAUCGCUCCUCAACUAUACCCUGACAAAGUGAAGGACAUGGUGACGUUGAUGUUAAAUACUGCUGGUAGCAUGGUACAAUUGUGGAAAAGUAAAAUCGAUAACAGCGAAGGUUGUGUAGACAUUAAAAUUGAUGAUGAUUUGAGAAGUUUGUCGGCAGAUAUAAUUUCAAGAGCAUGUUUUGGAAGCAACUACAGCCAAGGGGAAAUGAUUUUCACAAAACUUAGGGCUCUUCAAGGUUUCAUGUCUAAGGCAAGCAUCGGUGUUCCUGUUUUAAGAUAUGUGCCAAGCAAAAACAACAGAGAAAUAUGGAAGCUGGAGAAAGAUAUAAAUUCUAGAAUAGUAGAAGUAGUAAAAUCCAGUAACGAGUUUAAAGGUGAAAGAAACCUUUUACAAACGAUAAUUGAAGCUGCCAAGGAAGAUGGAGAGAGCAACGACAGGUGGAUUGAUAUUGAUCCUUCCAAGUUCAUAGUUGAUAACUGCAAAAGUAUAUAUUUUGCUGGCUAUGAGACUACUGCAACAUCAGCAUCAUGGUGCUUGAUGUUACUAGCUAAACAUUCAGAGUGGCAAGAACGUUGUCGAGCAGAGGUUUUUGACAUUUGCAAAGACAAGCUACUGGAUAUGACUACGCUUCAAAGCAUGAAAACGAUGACAAUGGUUAUCCAAGAGGCAUUACGCCUUUAUCCACCGGUAGCUUUUAAUGUAAGAGAAACUCAAGAAGAUAUGAGGUUGAAAAACAUUCUAAUACCGAAAGGGAUUACUGUCCAGAUUGUAAUACCAAUGAUGCACCAUCAACCUGAACUAUGGGGUCCUGAUGUAUACGAGUUCAAGCCAGAGAGAUUUGCAGAGGGAACAAAAAAUGCUUGCAAAAUUUCUCAGGUGUAUAUGCCAUUUGGAAUUGGUCCACGCAUAUGCGCAGGACAACAGUUUGCUAUGGCGGAAUUGAAGGUGAUAUUAGCACUAAUUCUAUCAAGGUUUAGUUUCACCUUAUCCCCAACGUAUCGACACUCGCCUACUUUUGGUCUGACAAUAGAACCUAAAUAUGGAAUACAUCUCCAUGUCAAAAAAUUGUGAUCUUAAUUAGUCCUUCGAUUUGAGAAACCAUACAAAGUGUCACACCCUUUUCAUGUAUGUAUUUACUAUCUAGAGAAAUGUUCGCUUUUCAUAUAAACUGAAUGCAUUCCAACUUCAUA